AAUUACCUUUAUUUCGUCUGUCAGUAAAAUGUAUAUUUAUUUUACACAUGAACGGUUUCCCUGUACUCAGAACUUGGUCAUGGUCGAAAAUUUGUUUGGCGACAAAGCUCCGUAUCUUGGAAAUCAUUAGCGGUUCUCGGAAUAGGGAUCUUAGUGGACAAGACUCUGUGACGAAUCGAUUCGACUCGCCUAACUUUUAAAUGGCUAGCAACUUAUUGUCUUUGAUAUAUGUAUCUAUAAACUAUAAAGCGAUAGCAAUCUAAAAGUAUGUGUAAUCUAUACUAAUAUAUAAAUCUACAGUGGUUUUUACGGAUGUUCCGUUAUAACUACUGAACCAUGCAUCCGAUUGACUUGAAACUUGGUACCCAUGUAGAAAAUACAUGUACUUAAUGGAUGGGCUAAUAUUUAUAUCAGUGUUGGACUCCCUACACCAGUUGCGGGGGCGUUAAUGAUGGGAAUCUUUGUGGGGGUGAGAAAUAAUAUUGUUAAUUUUAAAUCCCCAGCGAAGCGGACGGGUACAACUAGUGUAUUAUAAGUCCUGACUCGUUUUACGUUAUCUGUCAUAUGUCAUAGAGGCAUGCCUCUCAAGCAAGAAGUCACAGGUAGGUACUCAAGGCUACAUAUAGAGUUAAAUUUGUGUCCACGAGUGCUCAGCGUGUUAACGAUAUAUUUACGCGUCUACUCUGUAACGUUGGCUAUGAAUUUUGUAAACAUACACAAUAUAUGCAACAUAUUAUUAUGUAACAAAAUAAGUAUUUACCUAUAUAAAGAUCAUCACUGAUUUACUGAGAAUUAAUAUACUUACAGCUCAAACAGGAGUACUUAAUAAAAAAUCAUCAAAUCCUUGAAAUAAAUAAGGUUAGAUAUUUAACGAAAUUUGUUCUGGCUACAAUCGCUAAAAUGCCUUAGAUUAUUAAAUCAUCAAACGAAAAUUUGAUUUUGAAUCUUCAAAUUCAAUGACGUUACUAUGUAUUAGUUUACAUUAAUCUUCGGUAUUAGCUGCAACAGAUUCACAGAACGGCAAAGUUAAAUUCACGAAUUUCGUUUUGCCUCUCUAUCACGAUGGAACAAAAAGUUUAACAAGUACCACCGAUUUCGCGCGCUUUGCCUGUUUUUUUUUUAUUCUAUUGAAUCUUUCCAGAACAUUCCAAUUAAGGUCAAUGAUAGUGGAACUAACACAGUUGCUUUAUUGCAUGAUUCAUCGUGUUUACGAUAAAAUGUAUUUUUUACUGACACUAAGGGAGACGACCUGAUAGUGAGUGGUCACCUUCGCUCGCGGACAUCAACGAUGCCAGGGCAACGAUUUUUAAGACCACAUUUGAAGAACACGCCUUGAAGAUACGGAAGCUAUGUGAAAUUUACUCCAAAAUACACGUCGAACUCGACAAAGAGUUCUAUGUACAAUCUAACUCAUGCAUCAGCCCGCUGAGUUUCUCGCCAGAUCUUCUCAGCGGGUCGCAAUUCCGAUCCGGUAGUAGAUUUAUUCGCGAAGCAGCUGUUUUUGAGUUGUGAGGUCUCCUUCGGAGGCACUCGGACGGUUGUUACCAAAUCCCACCUGUUCUAGUGAAACUGGAAAGGCUUCUGGGCCACCAGUAGGUAAUCACUCAUUCAUAAAAAUAAAAAAUAUUAUAGAAAAAAUUAAUGGACUCUGCUCUGAUGGUAGGUGGUGAAAAAUAAUUGCUUACAGCACUCUCUGUAGAUUUUUAUUAAAUUUUAUUCAGCAAAAGUUAUAUCUAAUUUAAUUUCCUAUAUAAGUUGGCCCAACGCACAAAAUGUUCGGUCUGAUGUGACGUACAGCAUAACAUUCUAAAUUUAUAAAUAGAGUAUUGGAGCAGUCUCUCGCGCGCACCGUCUCUCUUGUGCUGGCUAACCUAUAAUUUCCUUCGCUUACACGCUGCACAUGUGUAUUCAUUAAAUAAAAAAAUGACCGAAGAAAACGAAGGUUUCUUUAAGAAGUUUCACGAAUCGAUCAACAACGAAUUAGACGAAGUCACAAAAAACAAUUUCGCCAAUUUAGAAUCGAACUCUAAGCGCGUUUCGUAUCUGUGCAGUCUCCCGAUUAUAAAAAAGUACGAUAUCACCGAUGAUGUUGUGAAAUGUAAAACGGGUGGCGAGUUUCCUGUAAACAAAUCUUUAAGCAAAGCUCUACAAUUAAAGGACGCGGGAAACCAAUGGGUCCAAAAGGGUGAUUGGGUGAAGGCUUUGGUAUUUUACAGUCAAAGUAUGAUGCAUAUGCCAGAAAAGGAAACGGAAGAGUUGUCAAUUGUUUUCGCCAAUCGAUCGGCAGCUCUGAACCAUUUGCAGCAAUACGAGGAAGCCCUAGCCGAUAUAAAGAAAUGUUUGUCCCUCGGAUAUCCUCGGCAUCUCAGAUACAAAGUUUACGAAAGAAAAGCACGUAGUUUGUUGGCGCUGAAAAGGAACCGGGAAUCAAUUGUUGCAUUCCAAGACACUAUAAGUGCUUUAGAUGAGGCAACAAAACUUGAAAAGGAGAAAAGAACCAAAAUGCGGACAGAUGCUAAGAUAAUGUUGGAAAUUUUGAACAAGGGACUAGUUCUCGCUGGGAAUCCAAGCGAUCCAGAACCUUUAAAUAAGAUUCCUCCAAAACCGAAAUUAGCAGGAAAGCAUAACUCCAAGUUCCCGGCGGCUUCUGAAGCGAUAACAAUAGAUACUGACGACGUUAAAGGAAGAUACGCUACUGCAACAAGGGAUAUCAGUGCUGGAGAAGUUUUGCUUAUUGAGAAAGCGCACAGUGGAGUUCUUUUGGCUGAAUUCUCGAAGACACAUUGUCAAAAUUGCUUCCUUAAGUGUCCUAUAUCACUACCGUGUCCCAAGUGUCCGAACGUAAUAUUCUGCAGCGACAAAUGCCUAGAAACCGCUUUAAAAUCAUAUCACGGUUACGAAUGUCAAAUACUUCCAUUGAUAUGGAAAUCUGGAUGUUCUAUCACAUGCCAAAUCGCUUUGAGAAUGAUCACGCAAAACAAAAAGGAUUACUUUUUGAGCAUCAGCAAUGAUUUGAAGCCCCAGUUGGGUGCAUACAAGACGGAAGACUACAGAAACAUUUACAAUUUAACAACUCAUGAAGAAAAAAGAUGCAAGCAAGACUUUUUGCACAGAACAGAGAUGGUAGUAUUCCUGAUUAAGGUCUUAGAAUUGACCGGUUAUUUUGACGGAAAACCAAGAACGAAGCCGAUAGAAAUGGUGGAACUGAAUUCAAUGGCGGUUAACGAAAAAUACCAGGGUGACGUAGAAUUGAUAGGUGGCUACUUGUUGAGGAAUCUUCAGGUUCUACAAUUCAAUGCGCACGAAGUGUUUGAACUUCAAGUACCUAAGCCGAAAGUUGAUAAGAAUAUUAUAAAACAUGACGGAAAAUCAGUGUUUUUAGCCGGAGCCGUUUUCCCGACACUCGCCCUAUUCAAUCACUCCUGUGAACCAGGCGUUGUAAGAUAUUUCUAUGGCUCACACAUCGUAGUUCGUGCCGUCAAAAAUAUCAAAAAAGGUGAGGAAGUCUGCGAAAACUACGGUCCAAUAUUCACGACCGUGCCCAAGGAGAAGAGACAAAUGGAACUCAAAGACCGGUACUGGUUUGACUGUGAAUGCAUACCGUGCAAGGAAAACUGGCCUUUGUACGAUGAGAUGACCGAGAAUUACAUGAGAUUCAAGUGCGAUUCCGACAAUCCUUGCCCGAACGUGGUGGCUGUUCCGUACGACUGCACCGAAUUCAUGAUCCAGUGUGGUUUAUGCCAGCAGUACACCAACAUACUGAAGGGACUAAAAUCGCUCCAGGAUACAGAAAUGCUCUAUCGCCACGGUCGAGCAGCUAUGGAUGAAGGCAAAUAUGGUGAAGCAGUAAAGAAGUUCACCGAAGUACUGAAGCUAUAUGAUGCAACAUUAGCACCACCAUACAAGUCAUACUAUGAUUGCGUCCAAGACUUGAGACGCUGUUUGCUUUCCAUGGGCAACUACAGUAUUAUUUAAAAUAUAUUAAAUGUUUAAAUUAUUUUUUUGUAAUGGCAACAUUUUGCUGAUUGAAAUCCUUUUAAAAUUAAAUGUUUUCAUGAGUCUUUUUA